AUGCUGUCUCUGAGCUGUGCCGACCCCUGGCCUGAAGGCUCAGUGGGGCUGGAGGAGGAGGUGGUGACGGCCGCCGUCCAGGCCGAGGAACGGGACGGCCUUAGCAGCAGCAACAUCAACACCAGCUGCUGCAGCUCGGCGGGCUCCGUCAGCCUGGACGACAGCCUGACCAGCCUGCAGUGGCUCCAGGAGUUCUCCAUCCUCAGUGCCAACGGGCCUCAGCAGGCCCCGCUCUCUGCCCACCACCAGCCUCACCUCUUUGGCCACCAGCAGCUGGGCUCUGAGGCCCCGGCGUCCCCUCUGGCCGGGGACCCCGCCUCAAUUGGCAUGCCCCUGACUCCAGGGAAGCCCACGGCCGCAGCCUACAGUCGGAUGCAGUCCCUGCCUGGGAUCGUGGCCCACGGCCACUGUCCUGAUGAGGUGGACUACAAGACCAACGCCCACAUCAAGCCGCCGUACUCCUACGCCACACUCAUCUGCAUGGCCAUGCAGGCCAGCAAGAAGAGCAAGAUCACGCUGUCCUGCAUCUACAAGUGGAUCACCGACAACUUCUGCUACUUCCGCCACGCUGAUCCCACCUGGCAGAACUCCAUCCGGCACAACUUGUCCCUGAACAAGUGUUUCAUCAAAGUGCCGAGGCAGAAAGACGAGCCAGGGAAGGGCGGAUUCUGGAAGAUCGAUCCGCAGUAUGCAGAGCGCCUCCUGAGUGGUGCUUACAAGAAGAGGCGAAUGCCACCUGUCCAGAUCAACCCUGCCCUGCAACACAGGCUGAGGGUCAACGCCCAGCCACAGUCCAGAGGCCCCUACAGCCUCACAGGUGGUCAGAGUGGCCUAUGCGUCACCCUGGAGUCCCAGCAGCUCCUCAGGGAGUUUGAAGAGGCCACUGGUGCCGACCAGAACUGGGACCCCCAUCUGGCAGAGGGAACCAUGCUGGGGUCCUGGCCGGUGGGCAAGGGAACUGGCGGGCACAAGAGGAAACAGUCACAGGGCUCCAGAACUGGCGGCUCCAAAGCUCCCCGGCGAUCCAGCUCCCCGCUGCUGCCUGUGGACGAGCCGAAGGAGCUGGGAUCUCUGAAGGGGAACUUUGACUGGGACGCCCUGCUGGACUCCGCCCUCAACGGUGAGCUUAGCCUGGACGGAGGAGGACCGCUGAGCCCCAUCCCAAAAGAGGAGGACCUGACGGUGCGGGGAACACACGUCAGCCCUGUGGAAGCCCCCGCCGGGAUGGCAGACAUCCACGUGUUGGCGGAAACCCAAAGGAACAAUGAAGUGUCAGACUUUGAUGAGGAGACCUUCCUCGCCACAGCCUUCCUGCAGAGCCCCUGGCCAGAAGAGGAGGAACAAGGCCGCAAUGAUUUCCUUUGUAGCUCAGCUGUUAACCUGGACCAGCUGUUCGACCUGGGAGACUCCCUGGGCGGAGACCUCAGCACCCGGAUUGACACCCUCCUUUGA